AUGUAUAAAUUCAACAAAAGUACUUUUUGUGUUUGGAUAUGUUUUUUAAGUAUAUCUGGGGUUUUUACUGAAGAAAUUCAAAAUGUCAUUCAGCAGCAACAGAAUCAAAACUUAAAAAUAAAUGAAGAUAAUUAUUGGAAUCUCUCAAGAUCGAAGCGAGAUACAGCUAACAAUACGACUAGUUCUAGUGAAUCUAAUUUGACUGCCAAAGAUUCUAAUUCAUCAGUAGCAAGUUCAACAGAAAGUGCUAAUGUUGUAUAUGAAGUUGGACCUUCCAAUUCAUCUAUUCUGUCAGUCGUUCCAGUGAAUGUAUCUUCAUCUGCUACUCCGAAUGCUACUGAUGUGGGCCCCUCAGAUGCUGCACCAUUGCCUGGAAAGAGUUCGGCUGAAGAUGAACAUAAUAGCUCAAUGGCUAUAUUUUUUGUGCUUUGCAUAUUGGCUUUAGGCAUAUUAUUGAUACACCUAAUGUUACAAACUGGCUUCUCUUAUCUUCCUGAAAGUGUUGUAAUAGUAUUUCUUGGUGCUUUGAUUGGUAUGAUUAUUAAUCUCAUGUCAAUAAAAAAUAUUGCUAACUGGAGGAAAGAGGAAGCAUUUUCUCCAACAGCAUUUUUCUUAGUUUUAUUACCUCCUAUUAUUUUUGAGUCGGGCUAUAACCUCCAUAAAGGAAACUUUUUCCAGAACAUUGUUUCUAUUUUAUUGUUUGCUAUUGUUGGAACUGCUAUAUCAGCUUUUGUAAUUGGAGCUGGUAUAUAUUUAUUAGGUCUAGCCCAAGUUGUCUAUAAAUUGAGCUUUGUUGAAUCCUUCGCUUUUGGUUCUCUCAUUUCUGCUGUGGAUCCUGUUGCUACAGUAGCUAUAUUCCACGCCCUUGAUGUGGAUCCAGUUCUAAACAUGUUGGUUUUUGGUGAAAGUAUAUUAAAUGAUGCCGUUGCUAUAGUCCUUACAACAGCCGUUUUAGAUUCAAAUGAUCCUGUAAUGUCAACAACAGAAGCCAUAUUGUCUGCCAUAAAUCGUUUCUGGUUGAUGUUCUUUGCUUCAGCUGGCAUUGGAGUUCUUUUUGCUCUUAUAAGUGCUCUUCUCUUAAAACAUGUUGAUCUUCGUAAGAAUCCUUCUCUAGAAUUUGGUAUGAUGCUGGUAUUUACUUAUGCUCCCUAUGUUUUAGCUGAAGGAAUUCAUUUAUCAGGAAUAAUGGCUAUAUUAUUUUGUGGAAUUGUUAUGUCUCAUUACACACAUUUUAAUCUAUCAACGGUAACCCAAGUCACUAUGCAGCAGACAAUGAGGACCCUUGCAUUUAUUGCUGAAACUUGUGUAUUUGCAUACUUGGGAUUAGCUAUUUUCAGCUUUAGACAUCGUGUUGAACCUGCGUUAGUUGUUUGGAGUAUUGUACUGUGUCUACUUGGAAGAGCCGCAAAUAUAUUUCCUCUUGCUCUACUUUGUAAUAAAUUUAGAGAGCAUAAAAUAACAAAAAAAAUGAUGUUCAUCAUGUGGUUUAGUGGCUUACGUGGUGCAAUAUCUUAUGCACUUUCACUUCACCUUGACUUUUCUGAUGAAACUCGUCACGUGAUUAUAACAACGACUCUCAUUAUCGUUCUAUUUACCACCUUGUUCUUUGGAGGUUCUACAAUGCCACUUUUGAAAUUUUUAAGGGCAAACAAAAAACCUAAGCGGUCGAGGUCUUUGCGGAAGCAAAAGGAAGUAAGCUUGUCCAAAACAAAGGAAUGGGGACAAGCAAUUGACUCUGAACACUUGUCAGAAAUAACUGAAGAAGAACUCGAGGUUAAUUACUCGCACGCAUCAAGGUUGAAAGGUUUUGUACGUCUGGACAUGAAGUAUUUGAUUCCAUUCUUCACGAGACGAUUCACGCAUCAGGAAUUGAAGGACUGUAAGAGUCAAAUGACAGAUCUCACCAACCAAUGGUACCAGGCUAUCAGAAUAUCUAAUGAUCACGACACCGAUGAGGAUGAGAGUUUGCAACCAAGUUCUCUAUCCAACUCGCAUACUAGUCUACAAAGAGGUGUA